AGUUUUCUUGACGACACGACUGCGCAAUGUACCAGGCUAUCACGACGCAGAUGCGGCGAUGGGCAAAUCCACCUACAAAAUUGAUGCAAGUCGAUCAAAGAAGGAACAAGAACUGAGAGCUAUUUUAAGGAGGAAGUACCAGGCUCGACCUGCUACAACAUCCAUGAUGCAGUUCGACAGGAGACGGGCUCUGAAAGACACUUUGGAUCCUCAUGCGGCUCAGGCUACAGAGGCGUGGCUAAAACUAGCCAAUGAUAAAGACAAACGGGCCGUUCUAGGAGUUAUCAAUGACAUGGCAAACAGACGACAAAUUGAGAAGCAGGCGGAGACCGCUUUCAAACCAGAGGUGGUGCCGUCCCUGCACAGGUGGCUGAAAAAGGCGGGAAGAUCAGAAGCAGAAGCCAUGACCCGUCUGAUGAAGACUCUGUCCACCAGACCUACCUCUCUGCCUACGGAGGGGCCACACUUUCACAUCACCGACUAUAGUAAGGUCGCAGAGGUAUACGGGGCCAACCCUCGCCCUUACCGCCGGGACUUCGUCCUCCACCCGGAGUGGAAAUGGGAAUACAUCCAUAAGCACGGCGACAUCAAGAGGACGGUGCCUCACCUGGCACACAUCGAGGCCCAAACAACGCCGUACAACAGGGGCCCGCAAAUAUUCACUGCGCACUAGUAACGUAAGAUGUGGCGCAGGCAGGUGCUGAUUGAAAUGUUGGUGUCUUUGAUUUGUAUUUCUAUGAAAAUUUCCAGGUGUCCUAGCUUAAGCUUGAGUUACAGUUCACAGAAAUACAAACAAUUGCGCCCGCCUCCAUGUCGGUGUCCAUAAUGACGUCACGUGAACACACUCUACUAAAUCAGCAGAAUUUUCUUGCCUUGAGUGGUUGUUAAGAUCCACUGUGAAAAAUUGUUAGUUAGGGAUAUAGCGAUCAUUUCGUUCAAGAAUGUUUUGAAACAGGAAAAGUCCCAAGGCCUCUAUCAAGCAAAACCUGGCAGUGAAUUAGAAUUAGAAAGAGUUUUUUUUAUCUGCCAUUUGGUUUUAUUUAAAGACAACAAGUUUAGACUCGUGAACGGUUAGGAGAUAUGAUUAUCAGACGGCUCACAAACGGAACAUCCAAUUUUAGUUGAAGCUUUAUAGUGGACAUACAUCGGCAUGGUUGGAAUGUGCAUUGUACCGUAAGUUGGUGGAUGUGGUGGGUCGUGUGUAAGAGCUGGAAUUCAUAUAUAAUAAGUUGCCAUUUUUCAGGAACCAAGCCUUCUGUGCUGUAGAACGUGUAGACAAGUGGAAAUUUGAAAAUCAAAAACAACCUGGGCGUUACUCUAGGUUUAAACAUUGGCCUAUGCCACAAUGCAUCGCGACAUGUGCACUGGAAACUGUGAAAUGGCUUAUCAUAGCAAUAAAACUUAACAAGACCUUCGAACCUCUGACCUGAACUCGUCACGUUAAAUGUGUUUGGAGUGCAUGGAUAGCCGUGUUAGGUUUGACAAAAAGCGUUUGCGUAGCGCCUUUCUAUGGAGCCGUACAUGCACAAUUCUGCAUGUACCGUGGACAAAAAGAAACAAAAAACAUACGGUGCCUUCACGAUCACUUUCCUACAAAACCACUACCUCUACGCUGUCAAAUUACAAUCACAGACUUCCGUGCGUUUCUCAACAAAAACUGCCUGUGCGGUUUCAGAGGAUAAUUUCCUAAGCGUUGUAAAACGCUCAGACAACCAGUGAGCCUUAUUUAGUAUUGACACUGCACUGUGAGCAUUUUAGGAAAGAACACUUCCAUGACAGGGGCUUGCCUAUGCACGACUUGGACUGGGUUUUUUGACUUACGAUUGUACAUAUCUUAUAUGAUUAGGUAGAAUUAAGGUACAAGUGUUUAAAGUAUCGGUUGUUUUUACUUUAAAGCCGCCAUUUUUACUUUAAGAACGAUGGUUGGUUGAACACUUGCAUACAUUAUAAGACAAACAUUCGCGAUAACCCAGUUUACGAGUUAAAUUGCCGGUUUAACCAUCCAGAAUGGCGUACAGUUCUUACGUCAUGGAUACCUUAUUGUUGUUGGGUACCAAGCCUUGCGCAUGCUGCCAGUAAAGUUGGAACACAUUGUUGCAAAGGUGCACUUAAGUUGACGACAUGACUUGUCCGAUAUUUAGAUAUAGUUUUAAAUCUGCUUCUCACUGAUUGUGUUUUACUUGUUUGCUUCUGUCAAAUAUGCCAGAUUAAAGAAAACAUGACCUCGUC